AAUUCCCUUCAUGGGUAAGGGUAAUCGUCCAUAGUUUGGGGCGACCCCGGCAUGAGGGUCAUCUUUCUGCUCCUGUGAGUAUAAGACGCAUAAAACGUAUUAUUUUUGCUUUUAUCUUUUACUUUUUAAUGGUCGAUUUUGUUAGUAAUCCUUUCGUUGUGUUUUAGGUAAAAAUUUCUUUUGCCCGUACGUACCUUAAUGCACUAUUCUUUUUUAGUUAGUUAUGUAAUACUGUUCUUUCAGACUGUGCAAGUGCCAAAGAAUAUUUAGAUAUUUUAGCUUACGUUGUUAGAAACACAGCGGCGUUUUUAAGACUGAACAGGUCAAGUUCAACGGCUUUUUGUCUGUCAGAAAUCACUAUCCAAAGGUAUCAUUUGGUGAUCAAACUCUGCUAGAUCGUUUGAUAUGUUUGGAGUUGACCAAGUGAUCUUUGAAAAUUGUUCAAUGGCUGUGAUCACUUUGAGGAAGGACUAGCUAUUAUUUCGACUCGAAAUGGGGGAGAGCUUGGGUAGAAAGUCUUGAACAAUCGUGGAUCCAAUAGCUUGUCUGUCUCCGCGUUAGACUGGAAGGCGUUUCUAAAAGUUUGCUCACUCGACGCCCAAAUAAAAACGGAUAUUUCAGGUUUUAAAGUGGUCGCGUGACCGUUUUAAAAGAGUGUCGUUUUUGGUCAAGGUGUUAAAAGUGUAGCAAUAAAAAUAGUAAUAUAUCAGAAAUAAUACGAAAGAAAAAAAAAAGCGAUAAAGAAAAAGUGAAAUGCGAUCAAUUUCGGAUAAGUUUUAGAAUAGUGAACGAGUCUUUACGAAAUUUGCGUACGAAUAAUUUUGGAUUUUAUUUCUUUCGGAUUCACUUUUUCUCUCACAUGUAGCUUAAUGGAGGGUUACACGAUUGACGGAAAUUCAAGUCGGUAAUCCCUUUUUGCAUUUGGUUCUUAAAUAGAAUAUGAAUAAAACAAGUUUUAAACUAACCUUCUUGGCACAAAUUCUAUAUCGUUCAAUUUUAUAAAGAAUUUACUCUUGACUUUUGUUAGGCCUUAGGUCUUUACUGGUGUUUUUUGUAUAUGGCCAGUUGUUUUAAUAACAAAUUCCUUUUAAUGGCCAUUGUAUGCUGUUUAACGGUUUCAAAAGUCAAUCAAAGAAGAAAUGAAAGUCUCUCCGGGUUUAUUCGUCACUUAGGAGAAGUUCUAAUGAUUUAACAAGUCUUUAGUGACCUCUUUAUAUGUUUAUACUUUUGAAGGAGUUCAGUUAAAACACAUGCUACUUUUCUAUUGGCCCUAGCGCCAUAUUUCAUAUACAUUUGUUUUACUUUGUAUGAGUAAAACAUGCUUGUUAUCAUAAAAGAAUACAUAGUGGUUUGAGAAGCAGAUAUAGAACAUUACUAUAAUACUCCUGACUUAGGGCAAUAUUUAUUUUUUCCUGGGCAUUUUCGAAAUUAAUCGUGUUCGAGUCAAGAGGGGCUUUUAAUGGACAAGGUCGGAAUAAUUGAGAACGCCAAGUGAUAACGAAAUUUAAAAAGGGGACGGUUGAUUUGCAAUGAAGUAUAAACUUAACGCUGGUACCCUAACUUACAUAUCAACAAGACAGCCGGUGGUUAGUCGUCGUAAGAUUUCUCAAUAGCUGGCGGGUGAGACAAUCCAUAGAGAUGCUGUAGACAAUAGAUUACUUGUAACCGACGCAUAAUUAUUUACCAUACAUCUACAAUCGUAUAGGGCCACUGAUUGAUUUCCAUCAACAUUAUAUUACUAAUUUUGUUGAUUGAAAUCUUGCUUUCGUUCAAUUACGUCUUCUUAUGUCUUGAAGUGUUAAAUUCGUUUUAUAAAUGGUUCCAACGUUCACUGAUUUCUAGAUCAUUUGAAAUGUUGUAAGAAAGAACAGGAACUGUGCAACUGCAGAGUUCAACAAAUUGACUGUUUAGCCCUAACUAAUGCGACUUUCUUUUGACGACAAGGCAGGGACCUUGAUCAAAUAGUUGAACAAAAUUCGGAAUAUGCCGGGUUGGUCUGGAGGGAGUGAUCCCUCGGGGAAAAAUGUCUUCCUCUAAAUUAUCGAUCAUGAAUUAGUACAAACAUUGCGCAACCUUUUCCGCCACUCGACAUACAUGGGCGGGUUCCUUACGCGGAUAGAAACAUUUUGCUAUACUAGUGAUUGCUUAGGUGAUGUCCAUUGGUUUCGAUAAUUGGCGAACAUUCCUCCGACCCUCUAUGUGUGAACAGUGACGCAACCACCCGUAAGUGCCAGUCUCUUGCUUGCCAAGUGUUCAUUCUCCUGCAAGCUUAUUGCUUUCUCUUCGUUUUCAAGGAAACGCACCUAUUUACACUAGCCUGUUUGUAUUAUCUCUUUGUUUUCUAAACGUGUAUCGUUUUAUUCUAGAGUUAAGGCCGGGAAAGUACAUCUUUUCUUUCCUUUUUGUGUGUAACUCUAGACCAAGUUAUGCCUUGAUUAAUUUUCAAUUUUAUUUUCAAAUCUGUGGAUGAAAUCCUAUUUAAAGGUAAAGGUCCUUAUUUUGACUGACAAAACUGAGCCUCAUCCCUACCCCCUCUUCAUCAGAACUCCGUUUAACGAAUAUACCGAUAUAAAACGAUUUAGAGCUACACGGAAAGAAUAGAUAUCGAAACAACGAUUUGAGGUUACAUUUGGAACCGAACUCGGAACCUCCGGCACAGAAGUCUGCGCGCUAACCGGCUGUGCGGAUCCUUUGUUAGGAUUAUACAAAAAUAAAUCUGCAUUUUUUGUGAGAAUUUUUACUUUGCCCAUUUUAUUGAAAGGGUUGAUUAGUUGUGUUCCGGGGGGGGGGGUACUCCCAGGAAUGCUUGGUGGGGCUGUGCCGCUCGGUCUCCAAAUCCUGACCCUCUUUCAGACCGAAAAAUGUCAUUUUUCACAACCGUUUUUAAAUCCAUACCCGUUUUCAGACCUGCCUCUGAGAAAUUAUGUCAUCAUAGCUUAGAUUGACCGCCAACAAACAAGAUUUCUUAAAAUCCAUUUCGAAUCACAAUGACAUAUUUCUCUUUCUUUCUUAUUCAUUUGAAAUUGAAACGAAAGAUACGUUCAUACAUUCCCGUAAUUUCCUCGAAAACCAUACCCGAUUCCAGAUCAAAAUAGGCAAAGUCUACACCCGUUUUCAGACCAAAACGGCGCAAAAACCCUACCCUUUGUGGAGGCACAUACCUAUGCGGCUUAUAUAAGAGAGUACACGCCCCGGGGUUGUGUUCCAAGUGAUAAUGUUAUAUUUCAAUGUUUCAGGUAUGGAGUUGUUAUUGUCACGAGUGAUAUUCGCUCAUCGCAUCAUUCCGAUGAGGAAAAAUCUGACUUAGCAAGUCAACAGACAGUUCGUGUUAAAAGAACUUUACCAAAAGACGCUGCUGAACAACAUGGACCAACCAUCAAGAAUGCAGUGCAACAAAACAAAGGUGAGCCGGCGAUUGACAUAAAAAUCUAUCAUCCUCUAUCCCCUCUGCUAGUCUGGAGCAGUUCUCGGCCCCAGUGCCGGUCGUUUCUUUUGGCUCCAAUGCUGUGCUUUGCGUAGCAACCCGGAGAUUAGGACUGCGGGCUCCUCUAAUCGCCCGCAACAACAGUUAAGGAAUUGUACGUAUAUCAGUCACCAAAGUGUUUCUGUUGAUUUGAAUUUGUUUUCAGAUUCAGUAACAAAGGACCUUUCCACAGUGACAAACACCACCAAUGCUGAUGCAGGUAAUCUUUGAACCUCCACCGAGAUUUUAUUAAAGUUGGUGGAGGUUUUGAACAGCCAGACUUGAGGAACAUAGAAUCUAAAUAAUUUUUCAUAACAGUGCAAGUAGGUUUCUCUCUUAAGGGAACACCUGUGGGGAACGGGAUAGGGAGGGGGGGGAGGGUAGGUAAUCGUCUGCACCCAGGCUAGGUGCUGGGUUGCUACUACAAAAUUGUUUAAGGGAAGUAGCAAGAAAAGAAAGAAAGACGUAAAUGUUUUUGCGCCUAGCAUGAUCUUUUGUGCAGUCGUUUUGUGUCGUCACUCGCUCCUAGCAGCGUUGUGUGAGAAAACAGAGUACGGCGGCGUACUACAAAGAGAUAGAAGACUACAAAUAGCGAAACAAAGAGACAUUUUCAAUAACUGUGAAUUAUGCAAAGGAAGUAGAGCAUUGGAUAGCGUUCCGUAACUUUUUUUGCUCGGUCAGAUGUUUUUAUCGUUCAACCAGCGCCCCUGUUUUUUAUUUUAUUUUAUAAUUUUCUUGACGGUGUCGCCAGCGGGGGACCUCCCCGUUGUCCCUCCGCUGGACACGGGUAACGCCGCAUUUGGGAACGAGCCUGUGUGUGCGGCAUAAUGACUGUUUUUUAUACUGCGAAUGAGCAGAGCAUGUUCUGUGGGUCUUUCACGGGUGACACAAUCAGUCUCUAGGCUAAUCUAAGUUUGGGAGAGAGUAAUUAGAUUGAUAAUUCUGCUUGAUUUCAGUGGACUAAACUGAAAGUAAAAACUACUUAAUGUGUGUUAUUUUUUCUUUAGCUUCCAGCAAGCGAUUUAAAAUCAGCACCCGCUAUGGAAAUAUUCGUAUUACCGGUAAGAAUACCAGUAAAGGCCAGGUUGGAUGCCGAUGCUUAUUUUUGUCGUUUUAGGGUAGCACCGUUUGCGAACUGAACUUAAAUAAACUUUAUGCAUUACUGAAAAAUUUGCUUUUAAACUCUCUUUAUUUUUCCAUCUUUCAGGAGUCGGGCGGAGACCUCGUUUAGGCCAUAUCUGCUUCGGCAAAAGUAAGUUUAUUUCAAUCUGUGUUAGAACACCCUAGUUGAAUCCAAGUUAGUGAUCGUACAAGCGCUUAAAUUGUAAGAUGUUUUCUUUCAUUUCUGCCGGAUAUGUGUGCUCCCAGAAGUUUGCGCUGUAGACAUAUUUGUAGCGAAAUGAAGUUGUACACUGUUAUUGGACAUUUAUCUUAUAUUCUUUUUGUUGUACCUUCCUACAGAUUGGCGAAAGCACGUCAACUUGGUUAACGUGUGCAUAACCAUCCGCGGUGAGUAGGAUAGGAACUUGAAUUAAUUAGCAUUUUCUGUCGACAAUAAACAACACCUCCCCCACCCCCUCAACAAAAAAAUAAAAAUAACUAGUAAGGACUGAGAAGUAAAAAUAAUAAAAUCAUACAGAUCAGACCUUUUAGAGCAGCUUCCCCACCCCUCCCUACCCCUAGUCUCCUUUCAGACCUUAGAGUGCCCUGGGAACCAGAGACUUUGAAUUCACCAUUUUCAUCGAGACUAUAAUGCACCUUGUUUACCCCCCAAAAUUUUACAUAACCAUUGUUUGUAAUUUCUCCUGGGUAUCACAGUCGUUUCAAGAGAAAUUGAAGAGAGUGGUUAUGUAAAAUUUUGGGGGGAUAAACAAGGCGAAUUAUGGUCUCGGUGAAAAUGGUCAGUGCGCGGUUUCCGAUUUAAGUGAAAUCUUAAUAGUGACCCGCAGCUUCGCUGCUCGUAGUUUCGGCCUUCGGUAGAAGAUCGACCGACACUGAAGCAUCCUGCCGUACGCGAGAAAGAAACCCUCAGGUACCCGGGGUAUAGACUAGACACUUUAGGUUGGCUUGAGAAAAACAGACAAGCGAAAAAAAAACACAAAACAAAACAACAACAACAAAAAACAGUUCCCCAUCCUAUCCCCAGUCUCCUUUCUGUCAUGAGAUAAACCCUCAUCAAUCCUUUUUUAAAAUUUACAGCCCGGAGGAGAAGAAGACUGCGAAGGUUGAGAGGUAAAUAAGAUUUGCGAGAACUUCUAUUUAAUGACUAGUAAAUGUUUCAUGUGACUUGCCUUGCGUAUCACUUAUUGGCCAAGACAAAACAGUCCAACGUUUUUCUAAAGCUAUCGUUAAUACUUCUGGCAGUAUGCUCAAUUGAUUGCUCUUUUGGUAUAUCUUUAACGAGCUGUUUAGCAAAAAGUAGCACUGCACCAAGAACGAUGUCCAUAUUAGAUCUUCAUAUAGCUUACGCAGGUCGCUUGUAUGAUUUAUUUGGACUGGCCUAAUUUAAAAAAUGUCGACUUUUAGCCAUCCUUUUAUCAGUCGAGGUGGCAAGCUGAACGGGCUGACUCAGGAGACUGAAGAGAGCGGACAAGCUCAGUAGGAAAGAAGCUUCGAAUGCUUUCUCUUUGGCUUGCAGGCCGGACCGUACUUAAUCGCUUUCUCCCUAAAUUUCCAGUUCUUACUUCAGCGGAUCUGUUACGCCAGUUCCAGUAAGUUCCAAUAAUAACGGACAACCGUCUCUCUGUUGACUGACGCGACGCGAGUCUUUCAAAAUGAAACGCGGAUAUUGUCUGUGAAUUAACUGUUUAUUAUUAUUAUUACCUUAACAGGCUUGCGCCGUCGAAGAGUCUAUUUCAAAGGCCGUUACCGCAAGCUACGACGUUGGAAGCGACGAUGGCGCGUGUUUUACCGUAAACGCUGGUGUCGUGUCCGUCGAACUGGGCGCUAUCAGAUCUACGUAAUAAACCACUGGAGCUAUUUGCGGCGAAUUCGCGGUCGGUGGUACGUCUAUCAUGCAAGGAGAUGGCGUCGAGUUAUAAAUCUGAGAAGACAUUGGUACUUGAGAUUUAAACGCAAGUUGUAUCGCCUGAGAAGAUCAUACAAGACUUGGCGAAUACGUUUCUACCGCAAAUGGCGGAGACUCAAGCGGCUCGGGAAACGGUAUUUCAUUUUAGUGGGAAAACGUUGGGUUAAAAUCAGGUCCCGUUUUACUUGGCGCAUAUCAUACAGAGGUCGAUCAGUCACCGUUAAGAGGCGAAGAAAUCGGUUUAAGCUCAGGUGGCGAGGCCGAUGGCUAAGAUGGCGCCGAGGAUAUAAACGUAAGUGACUUAUUUCGCACUUAUUUUUUCGCCCCAUGUAAGGGAAUGCGGAUUACGGAAUCCCUAAAACUCUUGCUUGUGGAACCCGGAAUACAGCGUAGGAAUCUGAAAUCUGACUAAGGAUUGCAAUCCGGGAUCCAAGUUUCUCUGACAAAUUAUCCGGAAUCCAGCAACUGGAACUUCCGAAAUCCACUGCGUGGAGUCCAGAAUUUAAGACUGUCUUGGAUUCCCUUAAAUUGUGGCGAAACUUCACAUUUUCAAUAUCACUUACUGUUUACACGAGAUUUUAAGAUAUCAUAUCGUCUAAUGUACCAGAACAGAAGGUUUCAGAAACAAUGAAAUGAAAUGGGUAAAGACGUGAAGGUAAUGAGGAAUUAUGAGAAACCAGAAGUGGUUGUUAUAAGGAGUUCACCUCGGAUGAUCCUUUGAAAAAGUAAACUCAACACGUUGUCAACAUUUUUUGUAGGUAGACCAAGGUCGUCGUCGUCGUGGCCGACGUAUGCGCAAAAGAAAGGGCAGAAGACGUAUGUAUCAUUCAUACUAUAAAUACUUAUCUUUGCUGCUGAAAUCUCUUUAUGCGAAGCAGGCCUACAAGCCUUAAGCCACUCCCUGUCCUUGGUACCCCCGUGCUUAGCCCCUGAUGCAACUUUUCCCACGCUUAGCACCGGAUGCAAAUUUUCCCGCUCUCGGCGAAGGAUGCAGCUUUUUUCAGUCUUAGCGACAGAUGUAGUCAUUACUGCGCUUGGCGACGGAUGUAAAUUUUCGUGCGCUAGACACUGGAUGCUACUUUUCCCGCGCUGGGCACUGAAUGCAACUCUUCUUGCACUAGGCACUGGAUGCAAAUUCUCCAGCGCUUGGCGACAAGUUUUCCUUGUCUUUGAACCGGUGUGCGUAUGGUUUCAGUUGCUCUUGUUUUUUUUUUCCAUUUUUUGUAAUAAGGUUGGCGAAGACGAAGAUACCGACGCCGACGAUAUCGAAAGAAAAGAAGGCGAAUUAGGCGAAGGCAACGAAGAAGGAGACGGCGAAAGAGGAGAAGACAGAGACGUAAGAAUAUAUUAUAAAAUCACCGAUUUCUUUACAUUUCCCGUUUAUACGGAGAAAAGUUGUCCCUUGUAGAAAGGUCACUCGCCUACCUGAGCUACCCUGGGAAACUGAGCCAACAUAUAAUAAAUUCUCUUACGAAACAUAGCGAGCCGUUUACAAACGAAACGUUGGCUCGGCUAGCGGGUCACCCUUUCUUGAUGGCAGGUUUUCCCUACUAUCCGGGACCGUUUUUCUCCAUAAAAACACUUUGGCUCGCCCAGACGGGUCAACUUGGUCUAGGCGAGACAAUAGAGAACUUUAGAUUCUAAGACGAGGACGACUACGACGACGAGAUUUUCUCAAUACUAAGUAGUGCUCGCUCCUGAACCGACGUCAUUUUGGCGGGGAAAACGUGACAGCCUUUAGCGAAAAUGUCGUAGUGGCGAAAACAGGUUAUCAAAUGUUAGAACUUUUAUCAUUUAGCGAUAUGGAGUGGGCUUAACCUUCUUAUUAAUUUUGGGGGUGAGCACAAUGAAACUUUCCGGAGUGUCUUAUUUUUAGAGAAUACGCGAAAAAACCUAAAGCUAAAUGUCGUCCUCGUCCUCGUCCGCGAAACUGAAGUUCUCUAUUAAUAAAAGCUUGUGCGAGCGUUGGUUUAGACAAUCGGAACAUUCUUGAGCGCUGUUGGCUCGGGCAAUUUAAAGGGGUCAAUCUUUCUCAGGACAACUUUUCUUCGUAUAAACAGGGCCUUACGAUCUGAAUUAACUUGGUCAGAUUUUUAUAGGUAAAAAUAAAGUGGCAACACAUGCAAAGUAUCGUUUCUUUGUCGGUGAACUGCCUUGAGAAUUAAUCAGACGGUUAUAGCUGAAGAAAUCCUCUUUUAGUUUGUUGCUAUUCUUAUAUUACUCUCAUAAAAAGAUGACCCUGGCUGAAAUACUGCUCUCAGUCUUUUACUAUCUGAGCGUCCUCUCUCAAGUAUUCAGUGUCCCUCAAGUCACAAAAACAAUUAACACUGGCCAUUUUAAUGCUGAAACGGGAAAUUCGACUUGAGACGUUAAAGUGGACUUGUUUAAAAACGUUAAAAGUAGACGAUAGCUUUGUAAAAACAAAGUUUUCUGUUGAAAAAAAAAAAAAAAAUUACAACACUGACCCUUCCCAGUCAUUUUCCGUUGUCGUCGUCUGGACGACUGGACGCAUUAAAAACAGGGCCCAGUUCGAAAGAUGGGUUUAUCCUCAGGAUUAAGCCAAAUUUAAACGGUUUUCCAGUCUGUUACAAGUGAGGUUCAAAAAACUGUUGACCUGUUUAGUUAACAGUAAUGAUAACACAAAAUGUACCCUAAGCAAUGCAUGUGAAUGUAAAAUACAAAAACGGAACAAAAUUUGAUUCCUGGAUUAACGCUAAUAGACCUUUCAGGAACCGGGCCCUGCAGAAGACGAUAAUGUCGAUAGACGUUAAAUGCUCUGUCUUUUGUACCGUAUUUAUACUAGACUUAAGACGCUCAAUGCUCUCUGAAAUCACACUAUCCUCCAGCUCAAUUUAUAUUUUUUGUCCCUUGUCUGCAUUGACCCAAAAAUGGCAUGGCUUGAAGCAUAGAGACGCUCAUGUGCUUUGGAAUUUUAUCAUAAUAUUUGCAUGACUUUCUAGGUCGACGACGACGCCGAAGGCGACGACGUCGAAGAAGACGAAGAAGGAGAAGACAAAGACGUAGGUUUUGUUUUAUUAAUAUUAAUUUGCUGAAGUUUUUACAUGAUGUUUGCGUACACUAUUAGUUAUUUUUUUAGUCAUUAACAGCUAUGUUAAUAGCGGAUGCGAUCUUAAAAAGUCGAACUCUAGUUUCCACUUCUCCCCCAUGGUUAGAUAAAUCUGACAAUAGCAUAAUACGUUUUUCUAUUUGUUCAUGAACGGAGUCGAAAAAGAUCUCUAGUUUUCCUAACUCCUGUUUGCUUUUUUUUUUAACUGGCUUGUAUCCGAAAAAAAAAAAUUCAAAUGUUUCUAAUACGAUGACGCAAUACGGACAGUUCAGGGGUUUCCUCAUCUCAUAGUUGUCAGUUCAUUUAGCAGUCGAAUUUGAUGUCUGGCAACUUAUUAACUAAACUAAUUAUAACCAAAAGUUACGGAGUGCGGGCGACAACGAUCGAAGGUCAAAACGCUUUUGCUCCAUCGCUGAGGUUUGCGUAAGUUUCACGUGACAGAUAGUCAAAACAGGCGUGAUCACAUUAUGAGCGAUAGAAGGUCCAAACGCGCGUGAUCAAAUUGCAUUCUGUGCAUUCCAUUCAUUCUUAGUGGAAGUCCAAACGAAUGUUGGCUACAUACAUGCACGCAUGCGUAAUAUCAUCCUGGAGAUUAGGAUUGCGGGCCCCUCUUGUCGCCCGCAAUAAUAUAGUCUUCAGGGUUCGUCGGUAUAGAGGAGGGUUCGGUAAGGAGUGUUUGAACUGUAAGCUUAUUUCACAAUCGCCUCUUUCAGGAUAUAUAUUGAUAACUGUUCGCAGUGAAGGCUUUGAAGACCGGAGAUACGGCAGGAUGUUGGCAGGUCGCGCCCGGGCCUAUAUUAAGGUUAACGGAAGGGAAUAUUCUCGUAAGCGUCGAGGUUUCGACGUUGUGAUUGUCAAUCGCAGGACAGGUGAGAUUAUACUCUUAUUUGUUUGCCAAACUAUUGACUUGGAAGUGAUCUGUAUUCGUAAUGUCAUUAGAGACCUUUUGUAGAUUCUAAGUCGAGGACGACCACGAGCACGACAUUUUCUGAAUACUUCGUGGUGCUCGUGUAUGAACCAGCGUCAUUUAGGCGGGAAAACGUCAUAGUUGUCGUCAGUCAGACUACUAGUUAUUAGACACCUUUAGAUUCUAAGACGAGUACGACAAGGAGUACGAUUUUUUCUCAAUACUAACUAAGUAGUGCUCGCGCGUGAACCAGCGUCAUUUUGGUGGGAAAACGUGGUAGCUGUCGUCAUUCUUCUUAGAGUUUUAGCGAGAACGUAUUGGCGGCGGAAACAAGUCACAGUCAAAUGAUAGAAGUUUUAGCAUUUUGCGAUCGGAAGAUGGCUUUUAAAACCUCCUCAAUAAAGAUAAAAAUGCGAACUGUUCCAGGGACCGCGGAGACCAUUUUAAAGUGGUGGGGCUAAAAAAUCUGGCCAGUACAAAGAAGCAUUAAGUUCAGUGUUUCGCCAUUUAUCUUGCAUUUGCGCGCCAUCUUAUUUACAACCUCAGCAAAUAUAACAUAAACGUCGUCACUUGUUAUAGUGUCCAGUAUAGCCAAUAUGUUAAAUAAACCUUCCUAAGAUUGCUACUUUUUGAAGUUGUCCGCAAUGCUGAAGUUUCUGUUGAGGUUUUCAUUGCGGGAAGCAAACUCCUGUGCGACGUCAGCUAUAGAGACACUGUCUGUUCUCCGCUUGUGACCAUUCCGGCAACACUGCUAAGUUGCUAAACCUUUCGUCACGCAUCUUGGAUCAAAGCGACGUCUUCAGACGCCGUGCAGAUGAGAGUGAACGCUCGCCAGCAGCACUGGUAACAGGAUUUACAGCAAGCAGCUUACAGAUAGUUUGGACUUCCUGAAUUAGCCUCUUUUCUGGUUCUGGAAACUUUAACACCGCCAACAGGAUUUCGUUAAAACAUGAUAUCUUCUCCUCCUUUAACAUAACUUCCAAAAUACUUAGUUGCUCAGGUAGCGCCCCUGUAUCAACAUCUUCGCUGUAUGACUCAUCACGAACCUGAACUCUGCCUCGUCGUCACCAAUAUGAGCUUUAACCAAGAGGGUCUCCAUCUGGGCGUAGGAACUGAAGCUUUCCUGAUUAACGCGGUGAUAUAUAGCCCGACGAUAAGAUGAAUACCCUCAUAAUAGACCCCUCUAAAGUGAUCUUUGGCAGUUUGGGGAUAGCUUGGUGCACCAGCACCAACCUCCAGUCUGACCAAAGUGCGUCGUUUUCUUGGAAGCGUUGGUUCGCUAAGCAGGCCUUCACUCUUGCAGGCAACAUCAGCAUAGAAAUGGGCCAAGCUUUCAUCAGUGCGAAAUUUUGUCAGCGACUUCUUUGUUAGUUUUGGCAGGCGUUGUCCAAUGACAGCAGCCAUCUUAGUACCCUGAAAAUCCUUAGAUAGAUUAUCGGUGUGGGAAUAAAGGUGCUCUCCAAGAUGAAAAGCAAAGAAAAAGUCAAAUCGCUCCUUCCAUUUUGGGCCUUACAUCUUAUUAUCCUUGCAAGCAAAUCGGGUUGUAAUCGUUCGGACAUACAAACACCCAACUCUUCCAUAGGGCAAAGUCCAAUAAUUCCACGGGAAUUUUUUCUAUGUCAACUGGAGCCCUAGAAAAUAAAUCCCAGCAAUAAAAGUGGUAGGGAUAUAGCCCUACCAGCCCCUCCCCCUCCGCGGUCCCUGUUUUCUUAGUGAAGAAAUACGUACAAUGAAACUUUUCGGGGCGUCUAUUUUUUGAGAAUACGCGAAAAACCUUUUAAUCAAAUCUCGUAGUCGUUCUCCUUCGCGAAUCUAAAGGUCUAAAGGAUUCCAAAUUGGAGAGGGCGUGGGGUCGACGGGGGCUAGCUCUGACCUUUGGGUCAUGGAGCAACUCAUGGUUGACUAGCUCACUUCUGCUGGCGAACGUUCACUAGACAGCGUAAUCUUCGUUAUUUGGAGGGAAAAACCAGUACAAGCGUAAAGCCAGUGAUCAGAAGUGUAGAUUCCUGUAAAAAUGAGAGAACGCGAUACUCUUAUUGCAGAGGGGCGCGGAGCUGAUCAUCUUUUAAUCCUUUACGGCGCAACUCGGUUUACUAUAACAGAUGGAUCCUUUAGGCUCUCUAUCUUUUAAUUUAGUUCGCAAAAGCUACUCGAUAAUUCUGUCCCUAUUAAAGAAAUAUGCUUUUGAGGUAAAUUUUCUGCUUUUUAAAAACACUUCUCAUUUGCUUACGAAUAGGUCGGGUUGAACACUCGCGAUACUUCGAUACCCACGGUUCCUCUUCCCAUGCGCGUAGUUUCUACAAUUUUAUGAGAGGAAUCAGACCCGGGUAAGUACAGUGCGAUGUCUAUAAGGUCCUUAAAACGUGCAACUUGUUUUGCAAAACGAGUUGAAUAGCGAGCUUGCGCGUUUUACCACACACCAGUCAAACCUGCCUUGCAACAAAUCAGGUUGUUAAAGGUUGCGAAAGUUGUUGUGGAAAGUAGAAAGUAGGUCUAAUGUUUAGAACAAAAUCUGUUCAUGUUGCGCGUUUUACCGCCCCAAGGCAAAAUUGUUUUGGUGUCAUAACUCCCUUGUAUGACGUCACUUCCGCGUAAUUUUUAUCCGGUCAGAAGUCAAUAUUCACGCAAAUUGUAUCAACCUGAUUUGUUGCAAGAGCUGCGAAACAAGUUGCACAAUUUUGGUGCCUGUUGCUUUAGACCCUGAGAGUGACUAGGAACCAACUCAAAAUUAUAGCAUAUUAUGGUAGCAUGUAUACUGAAACAAUCAAAACAUGUUAACAAUUCAGAAAACUUUAACUGAUAGAUAAUCUUUGCUGAUUUGCGUCACAGGAAAAUUGUGCUUGUUGCUGUUCAGGACGAGGCUGUUUACAGGGCUAAACGUUACCUCUCAGUUCUCCGACGCUUUGGCGUCAAAAGACGGUACUUAAGAUUUGGCUACAGGGGUAGUUUCGCUUGUGUAGGCUACGUUGGGCGCCGACCCUCUUGGUUCAGGCAGAUAAGCCGUAGACGUAGACGAGGUCCCAGUGUCAUCCGCAUCCGUAUCCCUCGAUAUGGAGGUAGGUAUACUCCCUACAUCAUCUAACUUUCGAUAAAAACUUACUUGAAUGAUCCAGUUUCUAGUUCGUCAUGACGACUGAAUAAUCGCACUGAAGACGUAAAAGUUUAUUUGCGAGUUGUCUCAAGCCCACGUUUUAAAACGAGGGUAAGUGCAUUGCCUUUGAUAUGGAAAAGAGUUUCUGUUCUCAUUCAAAAAAAAUGAAAUAAACAUUUUCAUAGGAAAGGUUUUGAAAGCGUGGGUUUUUGGAACUCGGGUAUUACCUAUUUUACAGGGAUCACCUCCCUCUAAAACGUAUUCACUAAUUACAGCGAGUUAAAAUGUUUAAAACCCAAAUUGUUUUAAACGUCGAAAUUCACAGGUGCCAAAUUUAAUGUAACUGAGCGGGUACAACAGAUUUUCCUCCAUGACUAGCAUUAAAUUUGAGACACGUGAGGUUCGACGUUUCAUGGACACCUACCUGCUCAUAUUUGUGCAAAAUUUUAAUUAGUUCGAAAUUAACCUCGUUUUAAAUUGUCAUUUGAUUUUGUAUUCUAACAAAUAGCACUUAAUCAAGGGAAAUUGUUUAAGUGAGGUACAUUCUUACACCUCUGAUGUAGGUCGACGAAGACGGCGAAGAAGACGAAGAAGGAGAAGGCAAACACGUAGGUUUUCUUGUUUUUAAUUUUAUUAGUUACAAUUUGUGCAUAAAGUUGAAGUAGAAUGUUCAUACAGAAAGUUUCUCUUGUUAAAGGUUAUUGUGGAAUUGGAUGCUACCGCAUGAAGUAAUUUGUGCAUGAGAAGGAUCAUUAGAUACAAUUUUAUUUUGUACGGCUCCUAACACCUGUUCUUCCGAUAAGACGCGUUUUUGCUAAGUCGCGUCUUAAUGUGCCGCUUAUACGGGAUAGUUUGUGUCUUAUUUAGGACUCGUCUAAUGGAAGACGCAUUUUACGAAUACGCGUAUCCACGAAAAACCCUAAAAUAUGGCAAUUUCCAUUCUAAUUUGCACAAUAGUUUUGGUCUUUUUAAAAGUAACUGGUAUUAGGUAGAUACCGGCAAACCUUCGUGAUAUGAACGCCAAAGGAAAAGAGCCAAGUGUCCCCAUUUAAGAGGUCUUAAUUUAUUUUAGUUUAUUAUAAUGGUAAAUGGUUGCAUAAAGUUUGAUAAUCCGUCUCUUUUCAGGAUCGAUAUUGGUAUCUGUUCGCAGUGAAGGCUUUGAAGACCGCAGAUACGGCAGGAUGUUGGCAGGUCGUGCCAGGGCCUAUAUCAAAGUUAACGGACGAGACUAUUCUCGUAAACGUCGAGGUUUCGACAUUGUUGUUGUCAAUCGUAUAACAGGUAACGCCUUGUUUGUUAGCAAAACGUUUCUCGAGAAAAAAAAGUUGAUUGAGAUUGUUGUUUUAGUCGUAAUGUUACCACCGCAACAUAAGGACCAAAUUUGGACAGGAUUAGCGCUGAUGGAUCCCAAAUUACCGGUGGGGUACUUAUCGCAAUUUCAGUUUCUGGGAAACUGCCCACCUACCCCUCCCCUAAGCCACCAUUUUGCCCAAAGUGGGAAGUAAGUGUUAAUGUUAGCUUACGGGAGGGGUAGGUGGGCAGUUUCCCCCACACUUAAAUUGAUCCUACUUAUCCUUUGGCUAUCACCACCUCAUAAUGAACUAGUUCAUUUUUACUGGCAAGCGUUUGCGAGACACCAUAGUGUUCGUUAUAUGGAGGAAAAUCCAGUACAAUCGCAAAGCCAGUGAUCAAGAGUUUAGGACCCCGAAAAGGGAGAGAAAUCUGAUUCUCUCUAUUUCGGAUUGUGCUUGGGACUAAUCCUUGUAUCACGUAAAAUCUCUAGACAUCGCGAUGCGUCGUUUGUUGUAACAGAAGGAUCUUCUGGGCUCUUUCUCUAUUUAUAAGCGAAGCAGUUCUGUGCCACCUUGAUUAGAGAAACUCCUUGUAAGGAGACGUUGCGUUGACAUGGUUCGUACAAUCUUGGAAAGGUCUUGAAUUUUAAUAGUCGUCUUGAAAAAUCCUUGAAUUCGGUUAAGGUCCUUGAAAAGUUCUUGAUUUCUUCAUAAAGUCCUUGAAAUUCACUAUGUGAAAUAAGAUUACUUUACAGAGGAAAAUUUAGCUCAUCCUCGUUAAAUAUUUUUAAACUUGAAUUGACUGCUUUCUUUUAAAAUGUUUUUGUCCCGUUAUAAAUAGGUCAGGUUGAACACAGUCGAUACUUUGAUACCCACGGUUCCACCUACCACGCGCGACGUUUCUACAAUUUCAUCAGAAGAAUCAGACGCGGGUAGGUACUGUGCGAUGUCUCAAACGUUACAAGCUUUCAAAACUCUUUAAAUUGGCUACGUCACACUAUUUGCUCUCUUUUAACAAGCUAAAACUUUUUAUUCGCGUCAGUACAAUUGCACAAAUAAUGGUCCAGUUUUGUUAUUUAAGACUAUAUUUUGGCAUUGAAACUGUUUCCUGUUGUCUGUUACAACGGAUGGCAGGAAUGAAAAUGGAUUGAAACUUGAAAACGUUGGGCCGACGUUUCAAGUUUUAGUGUUAAUUUUAAAGUUAGUUAGUUUUAAAGUUAUAAUGGCUAGUGCUCCCUGGUAAAAUUUGCCUGAUAUCUUCUUCAUAACUCCAGAGAAGCAUUCUGUGUAUGAGUGAAGGCACUAAAUAGUGACUUCAGCACAGAAUUAACCUGAAAUAGCUAUAUUCUCGUGACAUUGCCACUUCAAUUCGAGAGUGUGAUCAGCAUCAAACUUCCUUUAACAUAUAUGCUUUGACAAUGAGAACUGUAAUGAGAAUUGCGGACACCAUCGCUCAUGAUAAUUUAUUGUCAUAUUUAAACAGCUUUUCCUCUCUGGUUGUUUGAGAAUAAAGGAAAACCUGAAUUUUGAAGUAAGGGAUUUUUCUCGCUUCGUGGUGACUCUGUGCAUGUGCCUUGACUUGUAUUGGAUCCGUUCAUAGUCCUUGGUAGUCAUGGCAAUGUCAGAAAAGGAAAUGUUGUAGGACUUUUAAACUUAUUGAAUAUGUAAAACUACGAUGCGAUAGAAUCACAAUUACAACUGAAAACAACGAAUAGAUUCACAUAGACAGUCUACCAAGCCUAUUAUCUUUCUGCAAAUAAGUGGACUUGUGUCCCUCCAGUUUAACUAGACUCGUGUGUCAAUGCGGAACACAAUGGAUGAUGGACGGGAAUAACACCUUCUUCCCUUGCCCUCCUCGUUUCGCUGGCUAGUAAAUACGUGACACUAUCAAGAUGGGUCAAUCAUUUAGAAAUCUACUAAUUGCUUUAUAAUGUUUGCACAACAGACGAAUCGUUCUGGUUGCUGUACAAGACGAGGCCGUUUACAGAGCUAAACGUUACCUCUCUGUUCUUCGUCGAAUUGGGAUCAGUACUCGGUACUUAAGAUUUGGUUACAGGGGAAGUUUCGCUUGUGUGGGCUACGUUGGGCGCCGACCCUCUUGGUUCAGACAGAUAAGUCAUAGCCGUAGACGAGGUCCCAGUGUCAUCCGCAUCCGUAUCCCUCGAUAUGGAGGUAGGUAUACCUCUCUCUUCUACCGUCUCUCGAAUGGUCCUACUAUCAUUUUUUUUUUCUAACAAACUUCUUGUCAUUAUAAUUGUACAACUUUGUAGGUCGACGGCGACGCCGAAGAAGACGAAGAAGAAGUAAGUUUCUUGUUAUUAAUAUUUAUUUGUCGCACUUUAACCUAAGGUUCUAAUAAUUGUAAUAAACAAUCUUGUGCAACCGCUCUAGAAAAUGUAUUUCGCGCGAACAGGGUAUCCACAAAAAAUGCCAAGGAACAGAUGGUCGCAUUCUAGUUAGUUCAAUACAGUUCUUUUGACUGAUUAGUAUUCAGUACGUACAGUCAAACCUUCUUAAUUCGAACUCCAAAGGAAUAGAGCUAAGUGCCCUCAUUAACGACGUGUUAGUUUGUUAUAGAGGUACAAGUUUCAUGUAGUUCGGAAACUUUUUCGCCUUUGACUAAUAGUAGCGAAGGGGCAUUCUACUGGGUUUUUAAUUGCUUGCCUCUUAGUGAAAUUACAGAAUUGUUACGAACUUUUAAGUUAAGAUACCAAAAGUAGACAAGGAAGCGUAAAGAAAUCAUGACUGAGGCUUAUGCAGAAUGGGCCAGUUAUUAACUAAUGUUAACUUGAUUACAGUCUCCAUCUGAGUUGAAUAUAUACAAAUUUCUACGAGAAUUGCUGUAAGCGAACACGCUGGCAAGGGACUGUGAUCUCUUUUCUUUUUCAUUUGUUAUUUUCAGGAGGUCGAAGAGGACGUGGUCGUCGACCGAAACGAGGUUAAUAUUUCUAACUAUUUUUAAGCCACGCAAUCAGCUUUGAAAUCUUAUUUUCCAUUGAAUAUUCCAGCCAAGUGCAGAUUCAAGGUAAACAGAUAAUAAACAACUAACUAGGGUAAGAAAGGUGUCUUGAUUUGUAAGCAGCAAGGGCAGAUCUGAUUGUUUUUUUUCUUUGUACCACAAAAACAUACCAUAAAUGUUUCUGAUGUUCACGGUUUUCUGAGUUUCACAGUAAACGAACUUUGUGGACAAGGCCUUGAAGAGUCAUAUAUUGUCAUUCUGGGUAGAUUCGCUUGCCUCUGUUUGUAUGCUGUCAGUUAAGAAGUUCUUUAACGCAGAACGAACUACAUUUGGUAACGAUUUUGUUUUAUAGUUUGCCGAUCAAAGGUUGACUUGGCCUUCGUUAUCGAUGGCUCUGGAAGCAUCGAGUAUUACGGCAAAGGAAACUUCAGACGAUGUCUACGAUUUGUCGAAAUGGUUGUCAGGCAAUUCAACAGCGGCCAGACCAGAGUUGGACUUAUCGUGUACUCGUCACGUCCUCGGCUUUACUCCGACUUCCGAUAUCGUUCAAAGAGCUCUGUUGUGUCCAUAAUUAGACGAAUAAGGUACCCCAGGGGAGGUACCAGGACCGGCUACGCCCUGAAUUAUUGCUACAGUCGGCUGUUUAGAAAAGCCCGAAGAGGAGUUCGUAAGGUAUACUUUAGGUGUAUAUUGUAAUACUUCUUAAAUAAUUUUGUUGAAACUUUAGCGCCGCGAAUACUCCCCACCCAUAUCUUGACCGCAGCCUGGUUAGCGUAAUUGGUUAUGCGCAAGUCUGCCACGAAGAACCACCUCUCAAGGUCGUAAUAUAAUUGAUUAGAACGCGCUGCUUAUUCUUGUGGGACGUGAAAGAUCCCAUACUGUCGAAGGUUUUUUUUCAAGCUGCCACACACGUAAACUGCUUUAUCAAUAAAAUGAUGUUGCUCUGGUUUUAGACAUCAGUGAAUUAGAUAGUAAUCUAUGCCCAUUCCCAACAUGCACUAGAAUACUGUACUAGACGUGAUGCCCAUUUUUGGUCCCAAGACAAAAUAUUUUUUACAAAUAAUAAUGCAGCUAUUUAAGUUGAAAAACCGUGGACGACAAUUGUGCUCACUUGAAUGCUUAUUCUCUAACUGGGAGGACGAUUAGGCUAAGAAAAAAAGAAUGUGCUUUUCCUCAUUUCUCCGCUGAUACUUCUUCCUGCCCACCACUUCUUGUCCCAGGCCCUUGGCAAAGGAAAGCUGAAAUUACCUCUCGUGGCAACUUUUGCUUAAAAUGCGUCCUUUCCAUUAAGCGUUCUCUAUGUUUGGAAAACGUUUUUGGAACAUGCCAAUUAUUUUGAAAGUUCGAUAAACCCUUCUACUCUUAAAAACGUCAUGAAAUUUCCAAACUACAUUUAUUUGCAAAGUGGUGAAAAACAAAAGCAUCAUGUGAAAGUACCACUGAAGAAGUUUCACCUGAAUGGCAAUGGUCAUCACAGGGUUUCGUCCACAGAUUUGAUAGUUGGAACUACCAAGUAAAUGAAUUGUACCUUGUGAAAGUACUGUUCAAAAGGUUUCAUUUGAAUGGUCACACCAUAGGAUUUCAUCCACAGACUCAAAAGUUAGAACAACAUUCUUAAUAAAUAGUAGCGUGUGAAAGUACUGCUGAAGAAGUUUCAUUUGAAUGGUAACAACAUAGGAUUUCAACCAAACAAUCAGAAGUUACAACUACACACUAAAUGAAUAGUAUGUAAAACUACUGCUGAAGAGGUUUCAUUUAAAUGUUUACAUCGCAUGAUUUGAUGCACAGACUCAACAGUUAGGUACCCGACAAGAUUCCAUCAUUCACUCAAUGAGUGACAGGUUUAACUAAGAAUCUGAUCAUCAUGUUUUAGGUUGUUAUAACGAUGACUGAUGGCAAGUCACAGGACAGUGUGAUUGGGCCCGCUCAAAGACUCCGUAGAGCGGGAGUCAGAUGUUACGCCGUGGGAAUCGGAAGGCACUUCAACACCAAUCAGCUGCGACAAAUCGCUGGAAACAAUCGCCGAGUGGUAACUGCACCGUUUAAAAAUUUGGGAUCCAUCGUGAACACAAUUGGACGACGAGCUUGUAGAGGUGCAAAUGAAUUGUUUUACUUAGUAACUCAUUGAUCCAGUUACUAGCUUUCUCUGUAAAUGACCCUAAGUUACGUAGCGGCUAAAUUUAAGCUGGCCAAGCCUAUCAGAGGAUCUACACUCACACUUGCGGCGUGUUUGAUAGAUAUACUAUUAACGAAACUAGGAGAGAACUGGAGAGAACUGUUAGAAUCCCGAAGAGAAGGACCGAGUGCAUAAUUGACAAGUAAUUAACAACUGCGUCGCUUAGUGGAGGUGGAUGCCCGGGAUGUCGAGGGGCUUCCACUUUUGGCAAAGCCAGCGCCUAGACAGAGCACAUGGAGGUGAUGCAAGCAAGGCUGACCACGCUUGAGUUAAACCACUGACCACGCCCGCGCUCCUCGUUGUUAACUAAGUAAAUUUAACUUUAUUAUGACAGUAACUUACGCAAUCAGGAUAAGCGCCGACGUUGAUUAUUCUGAUUAGCUGUUUUAAUGUUUCGGUGCGUUAGAAUUCUUUAAUGGCGCAUGUUAAAGGUUCUGUUGCGUUUUGUCUUUAGGGAGACGACCUAAGCGAGGACGAAAACCAGGUAUAUAUUUUAACUGUUUUUCAUUUGUUAUACAUUAAGAUCUAGUCCUUCGUCAAUGCUAAGACCGCUUUUCUUCAACUGUGAUCACUGCUACUACUGCCCUGACAAGUCAAUUCACCCUCCAUGCCAAUUCGCUUACUUCUUUGAUAAACUCGCCCACUUGUUUGAAACACGGUCGUAUUGAAAUAUACCUGACGUUCGGUUAGUAUGUCACUAACAGUUGUGGACGAGUUGAUGCAUAAAUGCGCUGACUGGCUACCGGAGAAGCAGUCGGCUGUCCCGCCAGCUACGUACAUAAGCAACAUAAUAAAAAGAUGCUAACAAAGUGUUUAUCUUCGUCUUAGUGUGUCGUUCAAUGGUUGAUUUGGCUUUCGUUAUUGAUGGUUCUGGAAGCAUUGAGCACUAUGGCAGAGGAAACUUCAAGCGAUGUCUGCGGUUUGUCCAAAGGGUUGUAAAGCAGUUCAAAAUCAACAGUGGCCGGACUCGUGUCGGAGUCGUCCUGUAUUCUACAAGGCCUCGACUCAUGUUCAGAUUUAGCAAAUACUAUCGCCGUAAAAGGCAACUGCUGUCAGCGAUCAACCGCAUACCAUACCCCAGGGGAUUGACUAAGACAGGAUGGGCAAUGCGGUAUUCUUACAGCACGCUGUUCCGAUUUGCUCGAAGGGGGGCUCGUAAGGUAAAGACACUAAAUAAAAUAUUGGACCUUGGCAAAAAGCUUUCUUAAUUUCAGAAGGGAGGGGAGGGGAAGGAAGGGGAGAUGGAAGGGAGGGGAGGGGAGGAAGAAGGGAUGCGAAUGGGGAGGCGGGGCAAUAAACUAAGAUUUUGAAAUCAUUGAAUCAUUGAUGUAACGAAUACCUCGGUAAAGCAAAAGACAUUUCUUCGCCACAGUCAGAUACAAUAAAGUUUUUGUAACAAAACCCAGAUAUAACUUAUCCUUUUAUAAUGACCAUCACAUUUUCCUGUCCCUUGGCACUUUGUUACUUAUUAGGGCUCUCUCGCAACUGUCUCUGCCUCAUUAAAUUUUGGCUUAUGUUAUAGGUUGAGAUUGUGAUGACUGACGGCAAGUCACAGGAUAAUGUUGUUUCUCCUGGGCGAAUGCUGCGACGAAAAGGAAUUAGCUGUUACGCUGUGGGAAUAGGCAAGCAUUACAAUACACACCAGCUGAGACAGAUCGCCGGGGACCGUCGACGAGUACUAACUGCGCCAUUCAGAAAUUUGAUCUCCAUCGUGAACACCAUUGGACGGCGAGCAUGCAGAGGUAAAGUGGGCAAUACUUAAGGUCUGAUGUAGAUAAUGAUAAAAAAGUUCUUCAAAGUUAUGUUUUUCGACUUGAACUAUUGAAGAGAAGGCGAAAUAACUUGAGGCUUGAUCUUAAACCUUGCGCAACGGUUUCUUGUAUCGUUUGGGUGGACAAGCGUUACUUAUGAUUGGUUAAUGGUUACCGUGAAUACCAUCAAGUAAUCAUACCUAACGCUUUUCCAUCCAAGAGAUGCCAGAAAACACAGCACCCAAAGCUUGUACCCAUCCUCUCUAGAGUUUCUGAAGAAGGGAAUAGUCGUUAAUGUGCAAUUAUCCGCAUUUUCUGAUGACUAACAUUUUCUUCCACCCGCAAUGUCCUGUAGGUGCGCGACCCAGGCCUCGACCGAGACCGAGACCAAGACCAAGACGACCAAGAAAGAAAGGUACGUAUUAAAUAUUUCUUUAAUUCCUUUCAAGCGUUAACUCUGAAAUUAAACGGAGAGUGGGGCAUAUGGAAGCCAAAAUCGAUCUAUUGAUCGUGACGACAUCACUUCUUAUCGACUGAAGAAUACUGAAAAUAAACUGGGUCUUCCGCUAUCCCGUACCAACUUUGGAAGAAAUGUUUCUCUUAAAGUGGAAAACCUAUCCAUUGAUCUACGAUCUGCAUAACGUAUCUGACGACCUUCAAUUGUUCAGUUGCAACAGGUUGUUUCUUUUUAGUAUGCAUUUAUCUUUUUUCACCUUGACUGUUUUGUUGACUAGCAUCAUUUUAGAGUCAUCUACUUUUUUUUAUUUUCUUUUUACAGGUAUAGUACAAACAACAUACAGAUCGAAACAUACAAACAUUACAAAAUUUACAACAACUACCUUAAUUACAAAAAAAAAAAAAAAAAGAAAAUAGAAUAAAUAAAUAAAAAGCUACACUGCACUACACUACAAGGCUUACAUAACUUAUUCGACUUGAACUUAAAAUACAGAGUAAUACAGGGAGUAUUAGAAAAACGAAGUUUGGAUAACAGCUACUGUUGUAUUAAUGGGAGUAACGGCUUCCAUUUUUUAUCAUGGAAAUGGAUUUUGUUGUUUCUUUUCGCGAUAAGACGUUCGGUUUGAAACGUUUUUUUAAAUUUAUCGACUAACAGUCUUACACAUAAACAGCCCUUAUUUAACUUACAGCGGUAAAUAAAAUAUUUGCUUUCAAGAAUGAUGUAAUUGACUAGAAUGCUUAUAUUAUCUGUAUCUAAGAUCCCAAAAAGGACAUUCAUGAUAUCAAACCUAAUAGUUAUAUUAAAAGAAUCAAGUACAGACUUUAAAUCAUUCCAAAACAUGCUUACUUUUGUACAAUGGAAAAAGAGAUGUUCUAUGGUCUCCAACUCCUUUUCACAAAAAUCGCACAAGGGAGAAUCUACUUUUUUGAACUUAAACAGCAUCUUGUUCGUGUAUAAGAUCCUGUUUAAUAUUUUAUAUUGGAAUUCUCUUAAUUUAGUAUCCAAUGUUGUUUUGAAGGGCAGUAGAUAUAUCUUUUCCCAGUCCAACUGAAAUGUGUGUGUGCUGAAAGUUUCGUUAUAUUUCUUUUGCGCUGUUGGUAUACUGGAUAUCUUAGAAACAAAACUGUCAUAUAAUGACUUUGAUUUAAGAUUUUGAAAUUGACUUUUUUCCUUCAAUACGUAACUUGAAAUCAGUUUGGAUUAGAUCAUGAGUUUUUGAAGAGAUAGAGUUUUUAUUUGUUUUUAAUAUUUUGCGUCAUUCUUCAGGAAAAGCAUUGAAGAGACUGAAAAGUAGAAAAUGUUCAACUGGUGAAAGAGUUGAAUACAAUGGUUCCUUGUUCGACUUGAAACCUCCCCACGUGUCGUAGAGGUCUCCAAUUUUUACAAUUCCAAGAUCAAUCAGCCUACUGUUAUAGACUGACUUUGAUUCAAUGCAAAUGAACUGGUUGUUCCAUAUGACCUGAUUUGCUAUUUCAGAGGAUGAGGAGGGGUUGUCUUCAUUUAAAAGGGUCCACGCCACAAUGCAUUCUUUGUAAAAUUCUGGAAGAGUUACAGGGUUUCCACCCGAACAAUCUAGGUCUGGGUCCAUAGUUACGUUCCAAUCCCCUCCUAAUAUAAUUUUGUACUCAAAAUCAUUGUAUCCCUCAUCAUAGAUAAGCUCAGACAAUGUUUGGAAGAACAAUGAUUGCUUAGUGGUGGUAUUGGGAGCGUAAAUAUUUAUCAGAAGGAAUGGAACAUCUUGAAUAGUUGUCUCUAAAAUGAGGUACCUCCCAUCCUCAUCCGAUCGAAUUGAUUUCAAUUUGAAGUCAAAGGAUUUGCGUAUAAGGAUGGCGACCCCACGACUAUGGUUAGAGCCAUGAGCAAAGUAAAUGUCCCCGGACCACUGCUUUUUCCAUUGAUUUUCAAUCUCUUCAGUGCUGUAAGUUUCCUGCAGAAAGCAGAUGUCUGAAUUUUGCUUGUAUAGCCAGUUGAAAAUGGACUUACGUUUUUCAAAAGAACGGAUACCCCGAACGUUCAGCGAAAGAGUUUUAAACUUUAAGUUGUUGAAAUCCAUUGAAAUUUGCAUACGUGUAGUGGAAAAAAGACAACAACAGUAGCUGUUAUUCCCAGAAGGGUCACUGUUACUCGAACAAUUAACGCAUUCCUGAUUUUGUCAAGUGCAAACUGAAUAAAUAUAGAAUAACAUACAUAACAAAACAAAAGAAACGAGAUGAAAAGCGUAGCCAGUGUAAAGAAUUAAACUGUUGAAGCUACGCCUGGACGAGAUCAAGUGUUAUACUUUUGUUUAAAUCGAACUUCAGAAGGGAACUAAGGAAUAUGCUAAUCGAUAGCUCCCAAUAGAAACGAAAAAAAUAAGAAGUGAACUACUUCCUGCGAAUUCUAAAAAUAAAUAACCUGGAACCUAUUUAUUUAUGAUUUUACCUCCACCGUCAAUAAAGAGUUUAUAGGGUUCCGUUCUACUGAAGGCUGCCCGUUUUCCAUCUUUUCUUGCUUGUACCAUCUUCGGAAUAAGCCUCUUCCUCAUAUCAAUCACCUGCUUAGGUAGAUCAGGGCCAAUACCGAAAUUCGACUGGCUAUCGAUGUUGCGUCGGCAAGAAAAGAGGUUUUCUCGAUCUUUAAAGCGAAGACAGCGUGCUAUGAUGGCCCUGGGUUUUCUUGUGUUUCGGUCCUUUUUACCGACGCGGUGGACUCUUUGGAACUCAAUAGAUUGGGCGUUUUCCACAUUUAACUCUUUCUCCAAGAAAGCUUUCAAAACGGGUUCAGUAUUCUCUUCCCCUUCGAUUUCUGGAAUGCCGUAGAAACGAAGAUUUUCGCGGCGGCUGUACACUUCAUAAUUUAAGAGUUGGAGACGCAAGUGAUCCAACUCCUGUCGUGACUUCUCUUCGUCAUCUCGGAGUUUUCUCUUGCUAGUUUCCACUUCAUCAUUCAGGAAUUUUACGCUUGUUUUAAGCGUAUUUGUUUCUUCGACUGUAUUUCGUACGUCUUCCUUUAAGCGGUGGAAUUCGCUUUGAAGGUUUGCGACCGUUUGAUUAAUUCGAUCCACAGAGUCCUGUAAAACAUUUAUUUGUGUGCCGAUAUUUUCCAGUUGACUUAACUUUGAUAAUAUUAGGUCCACUUUGGAGGCGAAAUCUUGUGCCAUAUUGAGGGCAGACAGAACUACGUCUUCACAAUCGUUCUUCGACUUUGGUGGCGAUACAAUGGCGGGUGGAGCGUUCGCUUGGUCUUCUUUCACACUCUCUUUCAACCGCUUCGUUUCGGGGGAAAUGGUCUCGCUGGUCGGUGAAUUACUCCCUCUCGUUUUCCGUUUAAACAGAGAUGAAAGUGGCGGUGAAAAUUCCAUAAAAAAUAUCAGAACGCAUGGAAGAGUGCAACAAAAGUUACGGAGCUAACAAUCACACGUCCUUACUCAGUCAUGCUCAGUCUCAGUCUCCCAGAGUCAUCUACUUAAUAAGCAAAUGAUUAAGUAGUAGAGUCAUCUACUUAAUCAUUUGCUUAUUUUUGAAGCAGUAGAGAGUUUGCUGGUAAGAAGUUCUUCAACGAAGAACGAACUACAUUUGGUAACGGUUUUGUUUUCUAUUUAGUUUGCAGAUCAAAGGUUGACUUGGCCUUCGUUAUCGAUGGCUCUGGAAGCAUCGAGUAUUACGGCAAAGGAAACUUCAGACGAUGUCUACGAUUUGUCGAAAUGGUUGUCAGGCAAUUCAACAGCGGCCAGACCAGAGUUGGACUUAUCGUGUACUCGUCACGUCCCCGUGUUUACUCCGACUUCCGAUAUCGUUCAAAGAGGUCUAUUUUGUCCAUAAUUAGACGAAUAAGGUACCCUAGGGGAGGUACCAGGACCGGUUACGCCCUGAAGUAUUGCUACAGUCGGCUGUUUAGAAAAGCCCGAAGAGGAGUUCGUAAGGUAUAAAUUGGAUGUAUUUUAAAACUUUUUUGGAAUCGUUAACGCCACAAAAGUUCCCCACUUUCCUUUCUCCAGUUUUUGACGUCAACAUAUCGGAGUAAUUGAGGUUUCUGGGUAACUGACCACCUACCAAUUCCCUAGGUCACAGUUUUGCCCUAAGAGAGAAGUACAAGUUAAUAUUGGCUUAGGGGAGGGGUAGCUGAGUAAAUACGCAUCGAAUCCACCGAUUAAAUACCGCAUUCCGGACAUGUUGCGCUAGAAAAUUGUAGUAAACAUGAUGGCGUUUUGGUCCUAAAACAUCAUCCUAACUGCAUCAUCAUCAUCUGAUCAUCGUAUUUUAGGUUGUCAUAACGAUGACUGAUGGCAAGUCUCAGGACAGUGUGAUUGGGCCCGCUCAAAGACUCCGUAGAGCGGGGGUCAGAUGUUACGCCGUGGGAAUCGGAAAGCACUUCAACACCAAUCAGCUGCGACAAAUCGCUGGAAACAAUCGCCGUGUGGUAACUGCACCGUUUAAAAAUUUGGGAUCCAUCGUGAACACAAUUGGACGACGAGCUUGUAGAGGUGCAAAUGACUCUUUUUAUUUAAUCCCUUUCACAUUGAUCCAGUGAUUCCUGGUGAAGCGCGGUUUAUAAAGUUCUUGGAAUUAGCGUCGCACGUGGAUCGCUAAGCGCAGUUUAAUCGCCGCUGCCUUUAUAUAUUUGUAUCGUAUUGGUGUCCGUAUAUGCCAAGCAACAAAACUGCGCUGAAUAAUGACCCAUGCUUGUACUGUAAAAAACUGUAAUUUACCAACAGGAACAAUAGUGCUCGUCUUUUUAACACCGUUUUUGUCAGCUUUGCUGGCCUUUUUGGGCCAGAUACUAGAAGGGAAACGUAUUGACUAGAGGCAAACGGGAAAAACUUAGAAACUUAGAGAGUACCAUCAGACUCCUAAGAAAUGAUCCGGGCUCAUGAACGACAGGUAAUCUUACAGUAACGUUUGCAACCACAAUAAGGGCCGACUCUGCUAGGUAAGAUCGACUGCCCUAAUGUCUUUUCGGUACAGGAAAAUUAUCUAAUUUCCCAUGUUAAAAGCUCUUUUUUUGUUUCAUCUUCAGGAGCACGACCUAGACGAGGAAAGAAGCCAGGUAUAUCUUUUUACUUUUUCAUAUGUUAUGCGUUAUUUAAGCUUUCUCGAUACUGAUGCUGCUAUUUCUGAUAUUACAAUUACUACUGACUACUGGCCGGACAAGCCAAUUUGUUUUUCACGUCAAUUUGCUUGCCAAAUGCGUCUUUGGCUAAUUUUUCUACUUGUUGGGUUCUUUGGAGGGCUCGUGGUGGAAUAUUCCUGACUUUGAUCAAUACAACACUAGCUAAAGAAGAGAGACAUUAGAUGAUCAAUGUGACAUUAGACAAAUUGACAUACUCGGGAAUGGUUUUGCUACCGAACAAGCGGUCGGUUGCUUUGCCAGUUGCGUCAGUAAUCAAAGUGAAAAAAUUUCGCUAACAAAAGGUUUGUGUUGGUCCUAGUUUGCCGAUCAAUGGUUGAUUUGGCUUUUGUUAUUGAUGGCUCUGGAAGUAUUGAGCACUAUGGCAAAGGAAACUUUAAGCGAUGUCUGAGAUUCGUCCAAAGGGUUGUAAGGCAAUUCAAAAUCAACAGUGGCCGGACUCGUGUAGGAGUCGUCCUUUAUUCUACAAGGCCUCGACUCAUGUUCAGGUUUAGCAAAUACAAUCGCCGUAAAAGGCAACUGCUGUCAGCAAUCAACCGCAUACCAUAUCCCAGAGGAUGGACUAAAACAGGAUGGGCAAUGCGGUAUUCUUACAGCACGCUGUUCCGAUAUGCUCGAAGGGGGGCUCGUAAGGUAAAUACUUUGUAUAAUCGAUAAAUAAGUGCCCUCAAGGCUUGUAGAUACUAUUUUCAAUAUGGCUGGUUUCGCGAUGGGUAAGAUAAAGCGAAUCCUGUGUUCUGUUUGGCUAUUCGAAAGGGCCAGAUUUUUCUAUCUUACGGUUACGUGCUCCGGAAUUACCGCUUUUGGUUUCGCAAGAAAAACAGCUUUAGCUUUGGCCAUACGAGAAAGUCUGUAUUGACGAAGCUUUUUGAAGCAAGAUGGAUGUUGGCCUCGCUCUUUUUGGCGUUUUUUAUUUGGACUCAGAUUCGUCUUUGUUCAUAGAAACGUAGAAAAUAAAAAAGGUAAAUAAAUAACUAGGUUAAUAUGUAGCCAUCUUGACCUUACGCUCUGUCUGAUAACGCAUGUAUAUGUAACCCCGAGCAGAAGCUUAAACAAGAUUACAAAUCAGCUCCGGUCGCGGGCAAAAUAGCCCAGUUUUUCAUUCAAUAGGACUGUUACAUAUACAGAUGUAAGACCAAAGAUAACAGCAUUGUUUAGGUUAGAAGUAAGAAACUGGUCUGGACAGUCUGAUUUUGCCAAAUGAACCCAAAUUGAUGUUCGGAUGGGUAAGGGACCAACAGUAGCAUUGUGUGGCUACCGCCCAUUUUGCUUUCGUCCAAUGUCCAGUUCUCCCAAGACACCUUUAGCCGUGCAGAUUGGUGUCGGAUUUUGACGAGUUUUUCAUCUAAUGGAAAUUAAAACGUUUCAGCUGAGGGAGACUGCUCUGUUCGAACGAGUCCAUUUUGCCGUUUUUAGAGGGGUAGCCUCCAUAUGAUAAGACUUGAAGUGGCGUUCGUAUACGGCUUCAAUCUUCAAUCUUAAAUCUGCAACGAACCUGGUACACCUGGGUUGUUUGACUUUAUAUGAUGCCGUCUCGGCAAAUAUGAGAACGGGCUCUGGACUUCAGAAGGAAGUAGAGCCUCUUUGUUCCAGCGCUGUUUUUCAACCAUUUGGCAAAAUGUCUGAGAAAUCCCAGAAAGUGCGUUUGUUCGCCAUUUUUGCUUAGUAAGGGGGAUGAAAUUGAGAAUUUAAAUUUUUUAUGUCUGCUAACUGGAAAUCCCGCUUCACGUUUAGGUUGAGAUCGUGAUGACUGACGGCAAGUCACAAGAUAAUGUUGUUUCUCCUGGGCGAAUGCUGCGACGAAAAGGAAUUAGCUGUUACGCUGUGGGAAUAGGCAAGCAUUACAAUACACACCAGCUGAGACAGAUCGCCGGGAACAGUCGACGAGUACUAACUGCGCCAUUCAGAAAUUUGAUCUCUAUCGUGAACACCAUUGGACGCCGAGCAUGUAGAGGUAAAGUGGGCAAUACAAGACAACUAGAAUAACAAAAUAACUAAGUAACUAAAGAAAUAAUUAACUAACUGACUAACUAACUGAAAGAAAAGCCAGUAAAUUAAUAACUGUGAUACUAGCUUUAAUUGGUAUGGCGCAUUGUAACUCUCCAUCCCUGAAGGAGGUGAGAAAGCAACAGGCCAAAUAGCCUCUUACAGCAUAAUAUCUAGGAACGAAAUUGAAGAAAGUGUUAAAAAGAGAAAUGUAAAAGAAAAAAAUUGACCAAAAAUUUUGGAUGAAUUGUACAUGGAGUACUUCUUGUGUCUUUAUAAUAUUGGUUAUCCAUUUCUCGUGAUUGAUAUCAUAUUAUACGGCAUCAUUCUGUAGGCGUGAGACCCGGUUAUAGGCCAAGACCACGAAGAAGGCGAGGUAUGUUUUAG